AUGGAGUCGAAACGUCAGGUAUCCUUGUUACUCGAACGAUAUGAGAGGAUCGCAAAGGGAGAAGUUGCAUCUCUAAAAAAGAUGCUGCAACAAAUCAAUGAACUCGAAUCUAAUGGAAAAGAUGCCCAACAACUACGAAACCAAGCGCUCAGGAUAGAAGACCAAUUGUUACUGGGCAUCGAGCAGAUUCUCUCUACACGCGAAAAAUUGGAAUCGGAGCUCCAAGAUGAGUUUGACACGCAAAUAGAACCCAUUCGAAAACUCAUUCAAACAACUGUUAAUGCCCUUCGUCAAAUGAAACAAACAAAAACACCAUCAACAACUUUCAAUGGUGGAAUUGAGGAGGAAGAAGUUAACGUUUAUGCCGAGGAAUUAGACCUGCAAAUGAAUGCCGGUAAACGAAGGGAAGCCGAUUUAAAAAUGAAGUUGGAAGAAACGAAAAGGAUGACCGAGGAGUCACGUCGACUCGAAACGGACAUAGAAGAUUUGAACGAAAUAUUUAACCAGCUUCAAACUCUUGUUUAUCAACAACACGAUAUGGUUGAUUCGAUCGAAGAACACGUUGAACAAGCUAGAAACGACGUCGGCAGAGGAAAUGAGCAGCUCAAGAGUGCUCUGAAAAGCAAGAACGCCAAGGUCCCCAUAAUAACAGCCGUGGUUGGUGGCUUGGCACUAGGAGGACCAGUGGGCGUCGCUGCUGGUUCAAUGCUGGCUGGCACAGCUGCUGCCGUGGGAGGAGCUUUUGCAGGUCUUUAUGGAGGUCGAUGGAUCAAGAAAUCGAAUGCACAA